AUGGUGCCUGGUCAGUCACGGUCUCAAGGUUCGGGUAAAGGUGGCCUCAAGAAGGUCGAUCAUUCUCAGAUCAUCUCCAUCUGUGCACUAGCUACCAAAGAGCUUGGUAUACCGCCUGAUAACUGCCUACGCUGCGGGUUGCCUUCACAUCAGGCCAACUCAUGUCGUCAUACUCAAAUCUUCAAGCAGAAGGAGCGUUGUGACAGGUGUGGCCGACUCCGUACUGGUGGCGAGCACAAGUGCCAAUCCAAGAGUUUCAAGUGCGGUAGAUGCAAGCGCAAUGGUCAUUUGAGUGGUGUCUGCCGAAAGGUUAUCAACAAUGACAGUAUGACAUCCACUACUCAAGCCAAUAUGUCCACUGUUGCAACGGAGAUCUCUGACGGCUCUGAGCUAAAGAUCAUCCACAGCAGUGUCGCCUGUGCUUCAUCUCGUACAGCACUUCAUGAUAUCGUCGGUUCACUCCCUGCUGAUCCGGUGGUGAACCUUGUCGCUGGUCAUGAUGCUCCAAAGACUUAUUGUCCUAUCCAGGGACUCGUGGAUAGUG